AUGCCUCCUCGUAGAGAGCCAGACCACCAGAAACUCCCACAGGCCACAGUGGUCGCUUUGUUCCGCGACUACUAUCCAGAAAAAUUUUCUGGCCAAGGAGAUCCUCGUGUAGUAGAUGAAUGGGUUCAGGGUCUCGAGAUUAUUUUCGAG